AUGGCCGAAGCGCCCUCUCGAGUGCGACAGAACUAUGACUGGCACUGCGAGGAUGCUGUCAACACCCAUAUCCAGCUGCAGCUCUAUGCCUCCUAUGUGUACAUGUCGAUGGCCGUCUACUUUGACCGUGAUGACGUGGCCCUGGGAAACUUCAAGCGUUUCUUCUUGAGGAAGUCACACGACUGCCAGGCCAGUGCUGAGAUGUUCAUGCACCUGCAGAAUACGCGUGGAGGCUAUACCACCCUUCUAGACAUCGAGAGACCAGAACGCGACAGCUGGCAUGGGGGCUUUCAGGCCAUGGAAUGCGCCCUGGACAUGGAGAUGUUGCUCAACCAGAGCCUGCUGAACAUGCACAAAAUGGCCAAGGAACGAGGUGACGCCCACUUAUGCCAUUUCCUGAAGCAAAACUGCCUGAAUCAGCAGGUCGAAGUUCUGAAGGAGGUGAGUGGCUACCUGACCAACCUGAGCCACAUGGGGGCCGUGGAGCAUAACUUGGCUGAGCACCUGUUUGACAAGCUCAGCCUGUCAUAA